UUAAUUGAAUUGGAAAAGCAAUUGGAACAGAAUUAGCGAACACUUUCUAAUUACUUUUACUUUUAUUUGCAACUGAGCGCAAAUUAAAAAAAAAGAUAUCCUCUAAACCCGAUUAAAUACGUUGACGAUAUGUGAGAAGUUUAAAAAUAAAAAGAAAAAUAAAAAAUAUUAAACUUAUCACUUGAAAAAUUUCUCGUAUCUCAAUCGAUAAAAAAGUGCCAAUUUCUCGCCCUCUUAAAGCGUCAAGUAUAGUAUAGUAGUAGUUUAGAAGUUCUUUCUUUGUGAAUCCUUGCGUCUUUCAUUUAUUGUGCGCUCAGCUAUUCAACAAUCAACAUGAUACGAAUUCUUUUUGUGGUGCUCCUCAUCUCCUUCGUGUCAGGCGACAAUUCAAUAAUACAAAAAUGCGAUUCUCCAGGUGGAAACGUCGUUAAUACUACAAUAAAAAAUAGUAGAAUUAGUGGUGGGAGAUAUCUACUGAAGCGUAACACAAAAGCUGGCAUUGGAAUUGAAUUCGAAAUUUUUGACGAGGCGAAGACAGUAACUGCAGAAGUUGCAGGAGUAGUAUUAUCAAUACCAAUUCCAUUUAUACUACCGAAUGCAAAUGGAUGUACGUCUUUAAAAUGCCCCCUGCAAAAAGGUGGACCCUAUAAAUAUUAUAAUGUUUUGGACGUCCUCCAAGCUUAUCCUAUGCUUACCGUGGACGUGAUAUGGAAACUCAAAGAUGAAAACCAAAAAGUUCUUGCUUGCAUUAUAAUUCCCGCAAGAAUUGUUGCCUGAUAUUUCCAAAAAAGAUGAUAAAUUAAGAAAAUAAUUGAAAGUAUUAUCAAUUAUUUAGUGUUUAAAAUUAGUAUAAUAUUAUGAUAUUCGUGUAAAAAAUUUAAUUUAAUUUUCUUGCAAAAAAGAAAACAAAGAGAAAUGCUUCUACUCAAAAAGUAUUUAUUUUAAAAUAGUAAUCUCAGAAAAUUUUUAAAUUUUCAAAGCACUAGUUACCAAAUGAGCAAUUUCCUUUUGAGAUACAUUUUCAUUAAAUACUCAAUUUAAAAAUUAAAUAAACUUUUAGUUCUCUUCAACUUUUUUUAAAUUUCUAUGUAAGCGUUUGUAAUGCGUCAAAA